AUGCCCCAAUCUACCCGCAAGUACUUCCUUUCGGCGCCGUUGAGGUCUCGGACCUCACGCUACCCUCAAGAGGCGCUGGCCGAAAUGAGGAUCGCGUAUCUUGGAUCACGGUCUUGCCGGGCCGGCGAGCUUGGCAUUCGACGAGAGAUCUGGCGGGCCGCGAACGAGAUUAGAUGGCGGAUUGAUUUAGUCACGGGAGUGAGGGCCUUCUCUGGGGGUGGAGGGAGAGCUUGGCUUGGCUUGGCUUUUGGGGACCCCGCGACACGUGGGAAUUUCCUCGGACGUACCUGUCGCCUCCCCUCCCCCAUCUUUGACAUGUUUGAGAAGAGCGCUGAGACUAUCGGGAUUCCAUCAAAAGAUUGGGCUGGCUGUGCAGGCAAACGAGAGCAAGGACUAGAGCUUCUCAAACGCGGGUUCUCGCGCGCUAUACUGGCCCGGAAACAGGCCGGGAAGGCUUGUAGUCUCCCCGGUCUUGGCUUUUUCCCGCUGCCUCGCACCAUGGAGCGGCCCCUCUUCCAUCAUCAUUCUGUACGGACGACCUCCCUAGUCGCAGGAUGGGGUUUCCUGUUCAAGGAAAUGGGGGUCUUAGUUGAUUUUCUGACUCUGGGUGAUGGGAUUUGGAAGGCUGCUGUUCCUUGUUCCAUACACCAUGGUCCGAAUAGAAGAAACCUUACAGCCAAGGCGGACCCUGCCUCGCCUGCUAAGCUCUCCCCGAAGUUCUGCUCCAUUGCUACCCUACGCUGA